UCCGGGUCUGUAAUACUGUGCUUUGCCCUAGUGUUUUGAUUGGAGAUAGGCUCAGAGAGUAGAGAGGGCAAAGCCAGAGUCAUAGUGUUAUGACCGCUUUUAUUGAUGUGGACGUUUUCAUUUGGAGAGUGUGAAAUAUUGGUAUGGAUUCAAGAAAUUCAGCAACUGAUAAAUCUACUGCUUUGAACCGAUUCUUUCGGUUUGUGAAGACAGCAUUUGCUUUUAAUGUUCUGUUUUCUGUUUUGUCGCUUGUUGUCCCUCUCUUCUUUCAAGUUGUAGCAGACGGUGUGGAAGACGGUGUUGGGGGAAGAGAUGGCAGUUGGAGUUUGCAGAAAUGUACCGAUCUCCUCGUUGGACAAUACCUGUGCUCAGAACCUGACAUUGACCCAGAUACACAACAGGCCCGAGGGUGCACCAAGGAGUCGAAGCAAGUCUUAGUGUGGUGCAGUGUCGCCCCAGGGGUGGACUGUGACGGACUUUACCUCAACGGAAGCUUCCAGCAACCCGUUCCCUGCCAGUGGACAAAUGGACAUUCCUUUGAGACUGCCUUACUACUGUCUGUGUUCCUGGGUAUGUUUGGUGUGGACAGGUUCUACCUCGGCUACCCCGCCAUAGGCUUGGUGAAAUUUGCCACCCUGGGGUUUAUGUUCCUGGGACAACUCAUCGACAUUUUAUUGAUAGCCACCCAGGUCCUGACCCCGUCAGACGGCUCGGCCUACGUCCUGGACUACUUCGGCGCUGCCACUACCAGGGUGAUGAGGAAUAACGACACGUAUCUGAAACCUGGACACUGAUAGUGUGUGUGUGUGUGUUUGUGUGUGGAUGAGUGAGAGAGAGGGAAAGAGAGAGAGAGAGAAAGAGGAGGAGGAUAACGACACAUACCUGAAAUCUGGACACUGAUAGUGUGUGUGUGUGGGUGGAUGAGUGAGUGAGAAAGAGAGAGAGAGAGAGAAGAGAGGGGGGAGGGAAUAAUGGGACACAUACCUGACAAUAACGACACAUACCUGAAGCCUGGACACUGAUAGAGUGUGUGUGCGUUUGUGCGUGGAUGAGUGAGUGAGUGAUAGUGUGUGUGUGUGCGUUUGUGUGUGGAUGAAUGAGAGAGAGAGAAUGAUACAUAUUCUGAAACCUGGACACUGAUAGUGUGUGUGUGUGCGUUGAUGGGUGUGUGUGUGUGUGUGAGAGAGUGAGAGAGAGAGAGAGAGAGAGAGAGAGAGAAAUAACGCAACACAUUCCUGAAACCUGGACACUGAUGGGGAAUAAGUUUGUGUGUAUGUCUGUGUGUUGGUGUUGAUGCAUGCAUAAAUGUGUGUGUCGGUGUGUGUGUGUCAGUGUGUGUGUGUGUGUGUGUCCAUGAAGCACAUGGACAAGAAGUUACAAUGUCAUUAUGAGAGUGUGAUGAGAUGGACACAGUGUGUGUGGCUGGAAGAACAAGAGACAGAGAUGUGUACAUAUGUUGACUCCUGUUACUGUUUUUUUUGUGUCUACAAAACUGUAAAAUAAACGACUGUUUCUAAUA